CUCGUCAGCAUCAUUGACACCCCGCAGUUCCAGAGGCUUCGCUUCAUUAAGCAGCUCGGAGGGGCCUACUUCGUCUACCCUGGGGCUUCCCACAACCGCUUUGAGCACUCCAUCGGCCCUGGGAGACCGAUUAAAACUGAUCAAUUGCAUGAAUAUGUUCUGGCAGAACCCUAUUGACGCAAAGGUGUUCAACGACCCGAUUCACGGCCACAUUGAGAUGCCCCCACUGCUCGUCCGCAUCAUUGACACCCCGCAGUUCCAGAGGCUUCGCUUCAUUAAGCAGCUCGGAGGGGCCUACUUCGUCUACCCUGGGGCUUCCCACAACCGCUUUGAGCACUCCAUCGGUGCCCUGGGAGACCGAUUAAAACUGAUCAAGUGCAUUGAUAUGUUCUGGCAGAACCCUAUUGACGCAAAGGUGUUCAACGAUCCGAUUCACGGCCACAUUGAGUUGCACCCACUGCUCGUCCGCAUCAUUGACACCCCGCAGUUCCAGAGGCUCCGCUUCAUUAAACAGCUCGGAGGGACCUACUUCGUCUACCCUGGGGCUUCCCACAACCGCUUUGAGCACUCCAUCGGUGUGGCACAUCUGGCAGGACAGCUGGUCAAAGCUCUGUGUGGUCGACAACCGGAACUUCGGAUUAACCACCGAGACAUCCUGUGUGUUCAGAUCGCCGGACUCUGCCACGAUCUAGGUCACGGGCCCUUCUCGCAUUUGUUUGAUGGAAAAUUUAUUCCUCUGACGCGGAAAGAUCUGAAAUGGAAGCAUGAAGAUGCUUCGCUAACCAUGUUUGAACACCUGAUCACCUCCAACGGGCUGGAAGCAACGUUGCUGAGCUAUGGCUUGGUGUUACCUGAAGACCUGAAAUUCAUAAUGGAACAGAUCCGAGGUCCGGCAACAAGAGGUGACAGAGUGGGGGUCGAUCCUAAGGGCUCGGAGUGGCCGUACAAAGGCCGUCCCCAGGAGAAAGGAUUUCUGUAUGAAAUCGUUGCCAAUAAGCGGACCGGGAUUGAUGUCGAUAAGUGGGAUUACUUUGCCAGGGACUGUCACCACCUGGGGAUCCGGAACAACUUUGACCUUGAACGCUUCCUCAAGUUCGCUCGAGUUUGUGAAGUCGGCAAAAGGAAGCACAUUUGCACUCGAGAUAAGGAGGUUGGGGACCUGUACAACAUGUUUCACACACGCAACACGCUACACCGCAGGGCCUAUCAACACCGAGUGGGUAACAUCAUCGGCUGCAUGAUCACUGAGGCGAUGGUGCUGGCAGAUCCACACAUCCAGAUCAGCGGAGCAGGUGGAAAGAUCUAUACAAUCUCCACAGCAAUAGAUGACAUGGAGGCUUACACCAAGCUCACAGACAACAUCUUUGAACAGAUCCUGCAUUCCUCCAAGCCUGAGCUGUGGGAGGCACGAAAAAUCCUGAACAAUGUGCUUUGCCGUAGGUUGUACAAGUGGAUUGGGCAGACGCAGCCCGCAGCAGAGGCCAUGAUCGAACAGGAAGAAUUUAACGAGCUGGCUAAUCAAAUAGCUGCAGUUGCCCCAUCGACGUCUCUGGAGGUCAAACUUGGUCCAGAAGAUUUCAUUGUGAAUGUUGUUCAGAUGGACUACGGGAUGGCAGAAAAAGAUCCCAUUAACAAGGUCCGUUUCUACUGCAAGAAUAACCCCAAUCGGACAAUCAAAAUCCGUAAAGACCAGGUAUCUCAGCUGCUGCCAGAGAGGUUUACAGAGCAGCUGAUCCAGGUGUACUGCAAGAAGACCGACGACCAGAGUUUGCAGGCCGCCAGGAAACAAUUUGUGCAGUGGUGCAUCAACAGAGACUUCACCAAACCCCGGGACGGUGAUAUAGUUGCCCCUGAGCUGACACCACUGAAGCCCGAUUGGAACAACUCUGAUGGUGACAGCGACGACUCCAAUCCCUGGGAAGAACUUCAGUCUCAACGUCAGGCAAAUAGUCACAGAUCCUUGGCCAAGGCUUUUGAUUAGGAAGAAUAACCUCUGAAUCCCAGGAUCAUUUCUCUCCAGUCCUAAUAUGUCCAUUCAUGUACAGUUCUUUUUGUACCAGUUACAUAAUUGCAGCCAGUUCUUGGUUGAUUUGAUUUUGGCAAUCUGUAUGUCCAUAACUAACUAGUUUAGUUUAGAGAUACAGCAUGGAAACAGGCCCUUCGGCCCACUGAGUCCACGGCGACCUCUUCACACUAGUGUGUAGGAAAGAACUGCAGA